UCUAGAGGCCCGUGAGAUCUGCUGGUUCAAAUCUCUCGUUUCGUUCCUUAUAUCAACUAUCUCCUACUAUCUCAGACACUCGUCGUUAGUUUCGAUGCCGACCCUCGGCUCCCUCCGAUUUUCAUCAUUGCAUCUACUUUUACUAUGCGUCCUUUCCUCGAUUGUCUUCAUCAUAACUUCUGCAAGUCCUUUGGACCCAGAGCCCAAGGUAGUGCUUGACAUUGAGCUCAUCCGUCAACCGCACGUCGGCAUUCUUCCGAUAGCGGCUCAAUUCGACAAGAACGACAAUAUCAUACCACCUCCGGCGGUUGAUGCACAUGGCAAACCGGUAGCUCAUCCGAUCGACAGAGACGGCGCGGUGGUAGCGCCCCCAAAGGCAAAUGAAGAUUGGGACCUCUGUAUUGGCGGAUAUUGCCUUAAACUUCUGUUUGACGUAUCACCACGACACUUAAAGAAGGUCAUACUCACAGGUUGGAACGACGAAUGGGCAGAAGACUAUAUUGGCAUUGGAACAGUCACUUUCAAGAACAAGAAACAGAUGUACAGUGUCAUCAACUGGUUCAGGAGCGAAAUUGCGAAGGAACCUGAAUCCAACUUGCUGUUUCUGAACGCUGUAAUCCACUGGUUCCACAACAAUGCGAAGGCGGAGGGGAUAACAGCUGAGAUGAAAAUGGAUGUAUGGGAAGCGUAUUUUAAAGCAAUGCAUAGCGUGGGGGGUGUAGCGUAAAAUAAUGGUGAAUGUACAGGAAUUUGAGACUCGUUGAACAAAAUAGCUCGAGCGCUUUGCGGCAUGGUGAAGAGAGUUUUAGAGCCUAGGGGCUAUUU